GACCGGUUGGGUCAGUUCCAUCUUGGCCAUCGAUCGUCGACUAGCGUCCGUCCGGCAUGCCCAGCAUGUUCCAGACGCCGGCGCUCCAGCGGUACCUGAUGUGGAACGUCCCGAUCACGCAUGCGGCCAUGCGCAAGCCGGCGCCACGUGGCGCGCCGACGACGCCGCUGGCACCGCAAGACCUCGUGACACUUGUGACGCUCAACAUUACAGUGCUCUCGAUCGUGCACGGCGCGCGCCUCGACGAGCACGACAGUGGCCCGACGAGCAGUAGCCACCUUGACAAUAGCCAACCGCACCACCGUGGCGUCAUGCCCGGUGUCCUCACGCCGCUCGUGGCCAGCAAGUCGACCAUGUCUGCAGAGGCUGGGCGGCGACCGACGCUGCGCCAGCUCCGCGCCGCCUGUACGCCGUUGCCACCGGUCGCCGCCAUCGAGACCACGGCUACCAAGAAGACGAUGCCAACGAUUGUACCUGUCCACGACGGUGGCGAGCAGGUUACGGUCGCGGUCGACGAAGCUCCUGCUGCCUCGAUGACCGACGAGGACAUGCAGCACAGCAUGACGACGGACGAGCCGACGCCACUUGAAGAGUCAACGAUGAUCGAGCCUACGAUGUUGACGGAGCCCGUGACGACCACUUGCUGCGAAGACCCAAAGACCCUCACCGCCGACGAGCCCACGCGAGCGACCACCCUCGACGCCAGCACCCCGACACCCGCUGCGCCGCUCGACAACGCAGUCGUUGUGUCGUCAAUUGUUGCCGCCCCAGCCCUCUCCAGGGACAGCACGGACGAGCCGGACGACGAGGAGAAGAUCGCAGCUGAGCCCAUCAUCUCGGCAGUAGCCACGCCAACCGACGAUUCGAAUCUUUCGAAAGAGCACCUUGUCGCAGACGAGCGCUCGAUCGCGGGCUCGUCGACUGCGUCCGAAGACGGCGACGACGAGGCCGACCGUGUCUUGUCGAUCAAGGUCAAGGCGCCUUCGGUGCCGGCCGCGCUGCCGUCGCCGAUCGCCGAGUCGACCGAGAACGACGCGCCCGAGCCGCUCUUCUCGAUGGACCUCAUGUCUGACCUGGACGACUCGGACGGCUGGUCGGUCUAUGCGUCGAGCGAGUGUGGCACCGAGUCCGAGUCGGUGACGGACACGGGUCGGUCCCGCCGCCGCAGCCGCAUCCCGCGGCCCCGCGACGGUGUCGUCCAGCCCGAGCUCCAGCCGUGCCUGCGCCGCAACAACCGGUCGGCGACGAGCCUUGCCGCCUUGGAGCACAAGACGGCGCGUCUCGAAUCGCCGGCGCGCGCCCGUGGCGACGUCACCAACCGUCUCUACAACCCGUCGUACCACCAAGAACGGGACUCGAAGCUCGAACAGCUCCGCGCCCAGCGCGAGCUCGAAGAGUGCACCUUCCGCCCAUCGACCAACGGCAAGCCGCCGGCCCCCCGGCGACGGCGCCACCGCAUGUCGAUCUAAACCUCCCACACCACCACCAUGUAUCUCCGUCCUAGUCGCCGUCGCUAGCCUCCAUGUACCCUCCGAUAAUACCAUGCGCGUCUUGUAAUAGCAAAUGCCUACACCAUGGCA